UUUCCAUCCACUUCUCUUCACAGAGAUUAUACAUACGCAAAGUGAAAGUGGUCAGGUUUUUCUCGAGUGAAAAUGACAACGCCAGUGACACCGGUGACGCCGCCGCUUAAGGAUGAGUUGGAUAUAGUGAUUCCGACGAUAAGGAACCUGGAUUUCCUCGAAAUGUGGCGCCCAUUUUUCCAGCCAUAUCAUUUGAUUAUUGUUCAAGAUGGAGAUCCCAGCAAAAAAAUCAAUGUCCCCGAGGGAUUCGAUUAUGAACUCUACAAUCGGAAUGAUAUUAACAGGAUUCUCGGCCCCAAAGCCUCUUGCAUCUCCUUCAAGGAUUCUGCUUGCCGAUGCUUCGGAUUCAUGGUUUCGAAGAAGAAGUACAUCUAUACCAUUGAUGAUGACUGCUUUGUGGCCAAGGAUCCAACUGGGAAAGAGAUCAAUGCAUUGCAACAGCACAUUCAUAAUCUGCUUGCACCAUCGACGCCCUUCUUCUUCAACACACUGUACGAUCCAUACAGAGAAGGGGCUGACUUUGUCCGUGGCUAUCCAUUUAGCAUGAGGGAAGGAGUGCCAACUGCCAUCUCACACGGGCUCUGGCUUAACAUUCCUGACUAUGAUGCCCCGACUCAGCUUGUCAAACCUCGUGAGCGCAACACCAGGUAUGUAGAUGCUGUUAUGACAAUUCCCAAAGGGACUCUCUUUCCUAUGUGUGGUAUGAAUCUCGGGUUCGACAGAGAACUUAUUGGCCCUGCUAUGUAUUUUGGACUCAUGGGCGAUGGCCAACCUAUCGGUAGAUAUGAUGACAUGUGGGCUGGCUGGUGUGCUAAGGUAAUCUGUGAUCAUCUUAGUCUUGGAGUUAAGACGGGGCUGCCGUAUAUCUGGCACAGCAAGGCUAGCAACCCAUUUGUCAAUCUGAAGAAGGAAUACAAGGGUAUAUACUGGCAAGAGGAAAUUAUUCCAUUCUUCCAGAAGGUAACCUUCUCAAAAGAAUCCACAACUGUUCAAAAAUGCUACAUUGAGCUUUCCAAGAUGGUGAAGGAGAAGCUCAGCCCAGUCGACCCCUACUUCCAAAAGCUCGCAGAUGCCAUGGUUACUUGGAUCGAAGCUUGGGAAGAGCUCAAUACGCCAGCAAAGUCUGCUCCGGUAGCCAAUGCUGAUCCCAAGAAGAAGUAGACCGCUUUCUUUCUAAUUUCUUCCAUUCAGUUUUAAGAACUUCUAUUCUCGCCAUCACCUGUUUUCAUAUCGUCUUUUAUGUUUUCGCAAUCUUACUAGAGAAAAAUGGCUCGCGUCAUUUUUUACGGCUUGGACUUAAGUUAUUUGAUAGCAUAUUUGUUGGCUGGAACCUUCUUAUGAUAAGCUAUAUUUCCAAUAAAUUUGUUUCUAUAAUUUGCAAUAAUGA